AUGGCGGUGCCAGCUAAGAAGAGGAAGAUGAACUUCUCAGAGCGUGAGGUGGAGAUCAUCGUGGAAGAGCUAGAGCGGCAAAAACACCUGCUCAUCAACCACUUCAACGCAGGCGUGCCCCUGGCGGCCAAGAGCGCAGCCUGGCACAACAUCCUGAGGCGGGUCAAUGCCGUAGCCACGUGCCGCCGGGAGCUGCCCGAAGUCAAGAAGAAAUGGUCAGAUCUGAAGACUGAGGUCCGCCGCAAGGUGGCUCAGGUCCGGGCUGCCGUGGAGGGCAGUGAGCCCCACGGCGGGCCAGAAGAGGGGGGACCUGGUGGCCCUGGCCCUGGCCCAGGCCCUGGAGGUGCUGGCCCUUCCGUGGCCCCUGUCCUGCUGACCCCUAUGCAGCAGCGCAUCUGUAACCUGUUGGGUGAGGCCACCAUCAUCAGCCUGCCAGGCGCAGCUGAGAUCCAUCCUGUGGCCCUAGGGGCAGCCACAGCUGCGGCCACUGUCACCCUGACACAGAUUCCCACUGAGACCACCUAUCAUACAUUGGAGGAUGGAGUGGUAGAGUACUGUACAACAGAGACACCCACGACAGUGACUGCUGAGGCACCUGUGGAGAUGAUGGCCCAUCAAGCUGAUGUGUCUGUCAAGCCUCAAGCAUUGAAGAGCCGCAUUGCACUUAACUCAGCCAAACUCAUACAGGAGCAGCGGGUCACCAACCUGCAUGUAAAGGAAAUUGCCCAGCACUUAGAACAACAGAAUGACCUCUUGCAAAUGAUUCGUCGUUCACAAGAAGUCCAGGCUUGUGCCCAGGAGCGCCAAGCCCAAGCAAUGGAAGGGACCCAGGCAGCUCUGAGUGUCCUCAUCCAGAUCCUCCGUCCUAUGAUAAAAGAUUUCCGCCGGUAUCUACAGAGCAAUACGCCAAAUCCUGCUACACCAUCUGAUCCAGGUCAGGUGACCCAGAAUGGACAACAAGAUAGUCUUAUCCAAUGA